AUGGCAUCGUACAGCUUCUACUCGCUCGUCUCGGCGGUCAAGGACAAGUCGGCUAAGGCCAUUUCGACCUUGAGCUCGGACCUCCAGGAGUUUUCAACGACCGUCCAGGGCGACGUUGCCGAGGUGGCCAAGCAAGUAAAGAAGAAGGUUGAGGAAACGAUGGAGUCGAAGCCUGCCGCUGAAUCGACGGACGAAGCGGCGCCAGCGGACAGCAACAAAGCGCGCGAGCUCCAAGCCACGGUGACCGCGUCGCUUUUUGCGUUUGGGGCCACGCUCGAGUCGGUUGGCUCCAAGCUGCUUACAAGUGCGGAUGAGUUUAUCGGUGGCUUUGCCGGCGACGAAACCAACGACACGGCGGCCGACGAGCCGCUGGACGAAGCCGCGAGUGCUCGCCGCUUCCGACUCUCGGCGAUGCAGAACGCAGACGAAACGUACGUCGAGCCGCCAACCAACGCCGACGCCUACACGAAGUGGCGAGAAGCCAUUUCGGACGACGACUGGGCGGCGCUGUGCGCUGAGGUCGUUGAGCAUUACCCGACUGUCGACGCCAAGCGCCAAGAACUCGUGCCGGAAAUGGUCUCGGAGGACGCGUUUUGGGGCCAUUACCUCUACAAGGCGUCGCGUCUUGCAGCCCAAGAGCAGCGUAGCGCCCAGCUAUUGCAAAAGGUGGCCGGCGCGAGCGGGGACGAAGAAGAGAUUGGCUGGGACGUCGACUCGCCGCUCGCGAGCCCCACGACAGCGGCGGCCAAAAAAGAGCCAGCUGCGCCACAGUCGGCCUCCGAGACCAAGACGACGCCGGUGACGUCCCACCACUCGGACGAUUGGAUCGAUGUCGAUGAGACCAAGAAGGCGCCGGAAGCAGCCGCGAUUGUGCUCGCGGACGAAGAAGUGCUCGAUUGGGGCGACGACAACGAGCCCGCGCCGGCGGCCAAGUCGGCGAGCGACGACUGGGGCCAAUGGGAGUAA